AUGGACGAGCUUCUAUCCCCGUACUCCCCUUUCUUCCCGUCAUCGCCGCCUUCUCUGUUCUCCACCGCCGAGGGGCACCACCACCAGGCCUUCGAGCUCGCCUCCUGCGAGGUCCCCGAGCAAUGGCUGGUCCGCGACACCGUCGUGCCGGCCAAGAGCGAGGACGGAGAUUACGUGUGGCCUGCUGGGAGCUCCUCGGUGUCCCCCGACUCCGAGUUGCCGGGGGAGAGCCUGCAGGCAUCGACGACGAAGCGGCGUGGGCGGAAGCCCGGGCCGCGGCCUGAGGGGCCCACCCUCAGCCACGUGGAGGCCGAGAGGCAGCGCCGCGACAAGCUGAAUCGCCUGUUCUGCGACCUCCGCGCCGCCGUGCCCAGGGUGUCCCGCAUGGACAAGGCUUCCCUCCUCGCCGACGCCGUAGCUUACAUCACCGACCUGCGGUCCUGCGUCGCGCGGCUCGAGGAAGAGGGCCGGCAGGCGGCCGCCGGGAGGUGGGAGGCGUCGAACGCGUCCGCUUCUUCGUCCUGGGGCGGCCACGCCGGGGCCUCCCUGCACCACUUGACCGGCGAGGAUGUGGUCGAGGUGCGGAUGGUGGGGAAGGACGCGGCGGCAGUGCGCGUGAUGAGCUCGGGACAAGGCCCACACGCGCCGGCGCGGCUGAUGAGUGCGCUCAGGUCGCUAGAGCUGCAGGUGCAGCACGCGUGCGUCAACCGCGUGGAGGGCGUGACCGUGCAGGACGUCGUCGUCGACGUGCCCGCUGCCCUACAGGACAACGACGGCGACGGCGUCCUCCGGUCCGCGCUGCUCCAGAGGCUACGUUACAACGCGUAG